AUGCUUAAAGACACUGCCACGGUUACAGUCUUGCAGGACAUUUACGUUUUCGGCGAGAUUGAAAGAUUAGCCGAUCAUCCGCUGUGGUUUCGACUGGUGGUCAUGACGACAGAGGGGAAACUUACAAAGCCACAUUGUGAAUGCGGCGUCGUGGAAAGCGUGAAAGCAGCAAGCGACGUCUACAGUCCUGCAUCGGGCACCGUUACUUUAAUCAAUAGCCGUUUGUCAGAGUCACCGUCGUUGGUCAACAAGUCGUGCUACGAUGAAGAUGGAAGUUCGUCGGUCGCCGGCGUUGGCGCCGACGAUGAUAUCGCUGUCUGUACAACUAACCGUAUCGAACAAGUCACUGGCGCCACCACCGGAUGUGUCGGAACGAAACAGAAGUUCAUUAAAAGCGAGAAAACGUAUCGCACGAUUCUGGGAGUUCACAGGUCUUUGGAAGGGUCGACGGCGUGGGCGCAGGAUGAGGCAGCGCAGUGCAACGUGUACUGGGCUGCCAGCCUGCGAUACGAUAGGGAGGGAGGUAUAGUAGUUGUGUUUGUGUUUGCUGCUGAUAACGGGUCAGACGCUGCCGUCAGCCAUCGUUCGUUUGACUUUGUCCUGUCCGAUAAGGAUAAACACGUUCGAAUGCCGUUGUCGACCAGACAUCGAUAUUACGUUUAUCCGCCACCGAUGAGGCCAGCAGAUAUCAAGGCAAUAAGAGAGAAGAGCACCGACCGGUUUGUCAGAGCAGACAGUUCGUCCGUUCAGAUUCGCAGCGAAAAGCGACUCUUCACUCUUGACUCAUUGCGAGUCAACGUGCACUACAGAACGGUCGCUUUCUCUCUGCUCUGUACGUUAUUGUUGGUCUGCUAUGGUGGUGGAUAG